AUGCCUUGUCCAUCUCUAUCACCACUCUUCUUCUUCUUCCUCCUCCUCCUCCCCUCUGUACUCUCCCUCCCAUUCUUCCCCUCCGACAACCUCACCCUCUACGGUGAUGCCUUCUUCUCCCACAACGCCAUCACUCUCACCACCCACCAACCCACCUGCUCCUCCUCCUCCAUUGGCAGAGCCUUCUUCAUCUACCCCCUCCGUUUUCUUGACCCCCAAACCAACUCCACCGCCUCCUUCUCCUCCCGCUUCUCCUUCUCCGUCCUCUCCUCCCCCUCCUGUCCCUCCGGUGACGGCCUCGCCUUCCUCAUCACCUCCUCCACCCACUUCCCCGCCCUAUCCAUGGGCCUCCCCCAACCCUCCCCCUCCUCCUCCUUCUUCGCCGUUGAAUUCGACACCACCUUCGACCCCUCCCUCGGCGACAUCAACGACAAUCACGUAGGUAUUGACCUCAACAGUGCCUCCUCGUUCGCCUCCGUCGAUGCCUUGUCCCGCGGCAUUGACCUCAAGAGCGGGACAAUCAUCACUGCAUGGGUGGAGUAUCGCCAUGCAAUCAAGAUGGUACGUGUUUGGCUGGCUUAUUCCUCCACCAGACCUCCAAUUCCUAUUCUUGCUUCCCAAGUAGACCUUUCCGAGAGACUUAAAGACUUCAUGCACGUCGGUUUUACCGCCUCCAAUGGGGAGGGGUCAAGUGAUUACCUUGUUCAUCAUUGGCAGUUCAAGAUUUUCGGCUAUGAGUCUCGCUCCAUGGACGUGGUCGAUGAAGGUGACUGUUUCUUGUGUUACGAAGGAGAUUCUAAGAAUUUUGGUUCAGGCUCGAGCAUGGGGAAAAACGAGAAGAGGAAAAAGAUUGGGGAGAUGGCUCUUGGGUUGGGAGGGUUGACGGCGUUUGUGCUGUCGGUUUUGGCGGCGAUGGUUGUGGUAUGUGUUUUCUUGAGAAGGAAGAAACGUGGUGUUAAGAAUAUGGAGCAAGGGCGACGUUCUAGGCUGCAGACGAGUAAAGUUCCAACUAGGUUGUCACUUUCAGAGAUUAAGUCUGCCACAAUGGGGUUCAAUCGUGAGAGGCUUGUUGGGGAGGGUGCUUCUGCCAAGGUUUAUAAAGGGUAUCUUCCCUUUGGAGGGGAUGUGGCAGUGAAGAGAUUUGAGAGGGAAAAUGACGUGGAUUGUUUACAUAACCCUUUUGCGACUGAAUUUGCCACCAUGGUGGGUUACUUGCGCCACAAGAAUUUGGUUCAGCUUAAGGGGUGGUGCUGUGAGGGGAAUGAGCUGGUCCUGGUUUAUGAGUUUCUUCCCAAUGGGAGCCUCAAUAAGGUUCUGCAUAGGAACUUCAAUUCUUCUAUUGUUCUUUCGUGGAGACAAAGGCAGAAUAUUGUUCUUGGGGUUGCUUCUGCUCUCACCUACCUUCAUGAGGAGUGUGAGAGGCAGAUCAUUCAUAGGGAUGUGAAGUCCUGCAAUAUAAUGCUUGAUGCGGAUUUCAAUGCCAAGCUUGGGGAUUUCGGGCUUGCGGAAGUGUAUGAGCACAGUUCCAGCACGAGGGAUGCUACUAUACCAGCAGGGACAAUGGGCUAUCUUGCUCCUGAAUACGUUUAUUCUGGUGUUCCUACUGAGAAGACUGAUGUGUACAGCUUUGGGGUGGUGGUGUUGGAAGUGGCAACUGGAAGGAAGCCUGUGGAAGAUGAUGGCACCGUGGUUGUGGAUUAUGUGUGGAGCUUGUGGGAAAGGAGGAAACUCGUUGAGGCAGCUGAUCCAAGGUUGAUGGGGAAUUUUGAUGCACUAGAUAUGGAAAGGAUGCUACUGGUGGGCCUUCUUUGUGUGCACCCUGAUGAUGACAAGAGGCCAAGAGUAAGAGAAGCAGCCAGAAUUCUUAAGAAGGAAGCACCACUUCCUCUCUUGCCUCCAAGUAAACCAAGGGUGAGAAUUAGGCCUAUUUGUCCUGAUGGUACGUCUGAAACACAGUCUGUCGUUGGAGAUUGGCACAGCACAGAUGAAGCUCCUUAUUUGACCCCUAGAAGCCAGUUUUACUAG